CACCUCCAGUCUUAAGUUGUAUCACAGAAGGCGAAGACACGCGGAUCGUUCACUAAGAUGACAAGAUGUGCGUUACUUCAAGUUCUUCUCCUCCUGUUUUCUGCUCGUUUUGGCUUUUCAGGUGUCCACACUCAUUAUUUCUACACGACUAUCACCAAUGAUUUGACUUCCAACAUUUCUUAUUUUAUGAUGACAAGGACAUUAGAUGGCAUCACUCUUUUCUGGUAUGACAGUGACAAUGAGGUGGUAGAACGUCGAGUGCCAUGGUUUAAAAGUCGAAAUCAAACAUUAUUGGAUGCAAGUAUUUCUUAUUAUUCAGGACAGAGAAAUUUUCAAAGCUUCCUACAUAACAUCUCAAAUGUUUUCAAUCACGCAGAAGGAUACCACGUUCUGCAGAGAUUACAAGGGUGUACGCUCUAUGAUAAUGGCACAAUCCAGGCUGAAUUCACUUAUCGUUAUGACGGAAAACCAUUAAUGUCUUUCAACGUGGAGACUGCGAGAUGGAGAGCAGAGACUCCGGAAGCUGAGGAAUUUGUAGAAAACUUUAAUUCUAAUGCAACUAUAUUACAAGAAAACAAAUUUAUUUUGCUGAAUACGUGUAUACCACACAUAACGGAACUGCUGUCGCUGGGAAACUGCACAUUUAAUAGGAAAGAGGCUCCAGUUGUGAAAGUGACUCAGGUUCCUAAAGACAAUGCUGGAGUUAAGCUCUACUGUCGAGCAUAUGGACAUUACCCCAAGGACAUCUUCAUAAUGUGGUACAAGAACGGACACCACAUAUCGGAGAAGAUGAUGGAAAAGCUGACCCUGCCACUUCCUGACUUGACAUAUCUGACCUCAUUAUCUUUCAAUGUUUCGGAUGUGGCUGCUGAGGUUUAUACCUGCAAGGUCAACCACAGUAGUAUGCUGCUGAAUUUCACACAAGAUCUAAGAAUUUCUGGUGAUUUUGAAAGUCUAAGCAGCCCUUCCUCGAAUCCAUCUACUGGGGCGGUGAUUGCUAUCUGCCUGGCCAUCAUCCUGGCCAUCACUAUCAUUGUGUUUAGCUCAGUAUCAUUUUCAAAAAGGAGAAGACAAUGAUAUCUGUCAUUUCAAGGAAAUGUAUCGAGUAAGGGAUCCUAUUAGACUACCUGACAUGGAGCUGUAACGAUCACCGAUAUAACAAUUUGCCAUUCCACUGGUCAAUUAGAACUGCUUGGGGGACAAACAAUAGAUGUUAUAUUUGUUGGAAAUGCAGCGGAGCGGUGCCGCGGCAUGGGGCUCCCUUAAAGGGAAAAUGUUUUUUGUGACGCCAGUUGCAUUUCAGCAACGAGAGACUGGGCCCCCCUUAUUAGUAGGUGUAGUAGUACCGAGGAUAGGAAUGCCAGAGUGGUGUAAGGGUGGCCUAAUGUCCCUUGGUGGUGUUGCACGUGUCACGGUGCUCCUACAUGGAUACGCUGGAACCCCAAGCGUGGCUGUCCGCUGCAGUGAAAAGAGUAGUUGGGAAGGGGAUGAUGAAAUGAAUUGAGUCCAGACUUGAUAUAACAUUGAACAGUAGCUUUACUUGAAUAAACUUACUGCAUCAGAAACAAUCUUCCAGCAUUAUCUUGGUCAUCAGCAGGUUUUGUCUUAACUUUUGGCAGGAAAACACAUUUGGCCCUGCUACAUCUGUCACUCUGACUCUGCUGUGCUAGCAGGAUUAAAUAGAAACUUGUCCUUUCUGCUGUACUUUACUUUCUAUAGUCUGACUCUCUUUCUUUAUUUUUAUCCAGGGAACUUUUCCUCCUGGCUUCUCUGAGGCUCUUUUCUCUUGUUCCAGCUGAGCUGAUGGUGCUCUGCUGGCCUAGGCAGGGAUCCCCCAGAAGGGACGAACUCCCUCCUGCACAACCUCCUUCUUGCAGAGGGUGGACUACACACCACCUCUCCCCUAGGAGGGGAAGGCUAGACUCUCUACUGCACACAACCUCUCCCCUAGGAGAAGAAGGCUAGACUGAGCUUCACUAACUAACUAGACUCCUCCCUCUCUAGAGACAAAAAGGUUCCAUUUUAUAUAAACUAGCUCUGCCAACAUUGCCGCCAUCUGCUGGUGAACCAGGCACAUUACAUUAUAAUACAACAGUUGCAUAAGGAGAAGUACACAUUGUGCAGGAUCUGGAAUAAAUACACAUGAUGCCAUUAGAUCAACCAUAAGAGAUGGUGAUGGGGCAAAAAGAGUUGAAAUGCCCCCUUGCGGGGCGUUACAUUCUCCAUUACUUAAGAGGCAAGCCGUCCUCGGCUUGUGCUUAGGGUAAGAAAAGAAUAUGCUUCAGGGGUACCAAAUAAAAGUUAAGGUGCUGUAUGAGAAUACUGACAUACUAACAUUUAAGACAGCUACCUCUAGGUUCCUGCCCGUAUGAGUAGGGUGUCCAUUCACAGUUUGCCCUCUUGGUAAUAACCUGUGAACCAAGUAAGACUGCACAAAGUGCUCAAAUGCUCCUGUGUGGAUACCGAGCCAUAGCACCACUGGAAGCGUGGGGGUGUCAUUUACUGUAGUCCCUCCACGAUGCUAUGAGACACCCGCAAACAGAAGGGUGGCUUUAUCCUGUAAUCCCUUCCUCACACCAUGCUUUACGCUUCGUCACCAUGAUGACUGAACAAGUAGCUACACAUGAAUUUCCUUAAGUCUGCAUAAGGCCUUAGGACAUUGACAUUUGGGAGGAACCGGACUUCUCCCAAAACUCCGAGAGCCAUACCCUCUAAACACACAUAUUAGCAGCGGGUUACCCUUGACGGUGUUAGAUCUGCUUGUGAUGUAACCACUUGGUUCUUCCUGUGUCGCACUAGACCUAGGCUUGCUAGCUAACACAAGGUCACAUAAGAACCAUUCGUUUUAAAUGUCCUCAGAGGCAGUCCAUAAUGAGCAAGGCGAUGUUAGACCUGCUUGGAACGUAUAUUAACGUACUCAGAGGCAGUCUAUAAUAACUAAGCAAUACAGUGCUAACUAUCUGGUGACCUGAAUAAAGUGCAAAAUCCAUACAAUAAUGCAUAUAGAGUCACAUUGCUGUACCUGAAAAAAGAAUACACACAAUGGGCACAGUAUUCUUGAACGUUGCUGAAAAUGGAAAAAUAUUAGUGCAAAUACAAACCGG